AUGGAUAACUGCGUAGAUGAGCCAAAAGCCAACUGUGACAGAUCAGAUAUAAAGUCUGUAUGUAAUCACCCAAUGUACAAACGAUUGAUGAAUAGUAACUGCCGGAAAGCAUGUGGUAUGUGUCAGCCUGGCACAUGUACAGAUACGACUACAGACUGUUCUAAACCAUCAAUAUCUGGUGUUUGUUCGCAUCCGACAUAUAAGAGGUUGAUGAGUAAGAAGUGCCCUGUAACGUGUAGUGCUUGUGAUGGAAAUGACAGUAAUCCUAGUAAUCCAAGCAAUCCUAAUAGUCCUGAUAGUCCUGGUGGUGAUGAUGAAUGUAUCAAUGGGGCGGCUGAUUAG